AUGCUUAACGAAAAAGUCAUAGGAGAAUAUGUUUAUUUAGUAUCUGAAGAAUAGAAAGUUGGAAUUGGUUAAUUCAGUCAUGUUUAUAGAGGAUAUCAUGAAAAGACUAAAAAACCAGUGGCAAUUAAAUAGAUUGACAAAAAAAAGAUUAAAGGCAUUUUUGAAUAGAUGCUAAGAAAUGAAAUUAAUAUCCUUAAGCUCUUGAAUCAUUAAUACAUACUAAAAAUGUAUGCAUACUAUGAAACAGCAAACAAUUAUUAUAUAAUAACAGAAUUUUGUGAAACAGGUAAACUACUUAUGAAUAAAUGAUAGAUAUACUAUAAAUAUUAAAAUAAAAAGGAUCACUAUCUGAAAACAUGGUAAUUAAUUAUGUAUUAUAAAUUGGCGAAGCAUUAAAAUACUUAAAUUCAAAAAGUAAUCUUUCAUUUUUAUAUUUAAGAAAUCGUUCAUAGAGACAUUAAACCAUCAAAUAUUCUUAUAUAUGAAGGAGAAGUAAGAUUAGCAGAUUUUGGCUUUGCGGUUCAUUAAGAUAAAGCUGGAAUAUAAGACAGAUAAUUUUAGAUUGGAUCUCCAUUAUAUAUGUCUCCAGAAACAUUAUUAAAAAAUGAAUACAAUCAUAAAACAGAUUUAUGGUCUUUGGGAGUAUUAUUUUUUGAAAUGAUUUUUGGUAUAUAUUUCAAUUUUAAAAUCAAGGUGUUGUUCCAUUUUUCUCUAUUGAGAUGGAUGAUUUAAUUAGAAAAUUAUAACAAUAUCAAAAGGAUUAUAAAUUAAUGUUUAAAUAUCCAAUAUCAGAAGCCUGUACUGAUGCUAUUAGGAAUCUAUUAGCUUAUGAUCCAAUUCAUAGAUGUGAUAUUAAACAAUUAGAAAUAAUACUCAAAAAUAAUUCAAAAAAUAGAAUACUUGAAGAUGCUAGUAUUCAUUCAUAAUAAAGAGCAAUUACUCCUGAAUAAAAAAGAAGAGCUACUCCUGAUUAAAGUUCUUAAAAUAGAAGCAAAGUUAAUGUUGUCAAAAAAGAAUUAAUCAAAGUUAGUGGUUCUGCUUAAAGUUUAGAUAAAAAAGCUACAUAUUUUAUAAAAAGUAAAUAUAAUAAAGAAGAUGAUUAAUAAAAUUCAAAAAGAGAUGAAAAUAUAGGAACUGAUAGAAAAGAUAAUGGAGCUUAUGAAAAUUCAAUAAUUAAGAUUCAUGAUGAAAAUCCAUAAAAAAAUGAAAUUGAACAAUUAAAAAUGAAUAAUGAAGAAUUCUUAGCCUUCAUAAAUUAAAAAUUAGAAAUGCUAAAAAGAGAAGAUCAAAAUCAAAAUAAAUAAAUUAAUGAAUGUCAAUUAUUGUUAGUAUGAAUUUUUUUACAUUUUAGUAUCAAUAUUAUGGGAAAGAUCAGGAUAUACUCUAAGCUUUGAAAAAUAAGGAACUAAAUAGUUGA